AGCUAGAACUCACCGUGCAAUCUUUGGCAUUCCACCCAGAGCUCAUAGAAGCAAUGAAAGGUAGCCUUUGCCAUGACUUCGAGACAGGCCUCCCCGCGGCGGAGGUAUGGGAGAUGUAUCGAGGUCUCCGUAUUAGCCAGGUUGUUCCUCAAUUGCUUCCCGAUAUCUUCAAAAAGGCCGAGCUUGUUGAAGGAGAUGGCGGUGUUGGGACAGUUUUGCAUCUCACCUUUUCUCAUGGGGUUGCUCCAUUAGAAUAUCAAAAGGAAAAGUUCAUCAAGAUUGACCAUGAAAACUAUGUCAAGGAGGCCAUAAUAGUAGAAGGAGGCCUUCUAGAUUAUGGAUUUCAGAAAUAUUUGAUGAGAAUUGAGAUUAUAGGGCAAACCGAUAAAACAUCUACAAUAAGGUCAACCAUCGAAUAUGAAGUUGAUGACGAGAAGACAGGCAACACAUCCUUUGUCAGUACCAGUGCACUAGCUUGCCUGGCUGAGGCAAUCACAGAGUAUAUCAAGACACAGAAAAGCGCUGAACAAGCUUGUGAAGAAACAGCAUAAGAACAAAGCAACCCCCACCCCCAAGUGUAAAACAAGUUCAGAGCAAUUUUCUUUAUAUCUUGUUAUUCACUGUAUUACUUUUUAUAUUUCUUGGAUAAUUAUACGAUA